UUCAGGAUGUUCCCAAGAUAAUUUUCGCUGCUAGCAAAUCAUAGAGGAGAAAAAUCGAAAUUUUCACGAGUUUAUAAACUUGAUAAAAGUGGUGCGCUUUGUUGCUGCUGUGUAACACGAAUUACUAUCAUUAGUAGCGUGCGAUAAAUAGUAACAUCAUAGUAGAGAUUAGUGCUGUAAUUGCAGAGCGAUUAAAACGAAUUUAGAAGGUGAUGGAUUGAGUUUGUUUUGAGAGGGUGGUUGUUGGUUUUCCCUCCAGUGUUCGGCUGAAGGCUACGGUGACUGAGGGCUGAGAAUUAUUUUCGUGGAAAUCAUCGAUUGCCUAGGAUUAUGUACCAAAGCGCCUGCAGUGCCGCUGCCGGUGGUUGCUCUGAACCGGAACGAACUGAUCGGCAUGGGCUGAUAUCGCAUGAAUCAGCAGUUGCUCCGGUAGAACAUGACUACAGUGGAUUUGAUAUAGUGAAGGCGACACAGUUCGGUGCCAUAGGUCGUGUGAAAGAAUUAAUCGAAGCCGGAUGGGAUGUAAAUCAACCAGAUAGUGAAACGGUCACGCUUUUGCAUUGGGCAGCUAUUAACAAUAGAAAAGACAUUAUCAAGUACUUUUUGGAUAAAGGUGCGAUAGUAGAUGCAGUCGGAGGUGAAUUGAAUGCGACGCCUUUGCAUUGGGCCACCAGACAGGGUCACCUGGGGGCGGUUGUUCUACUAUUAGCGGCUGGAGCAGAUCCAAGCUUAAGAGAUGCAGAAGGCUGCUCCUGUAUUCAUUUAGCAGCUCAGUUUGGUCACACAGCGCUGGUGGCUUAUUUCAUUGCUCGUGGAGUCAAUCCAGAUCUGCAAGAUCGUGGAGGAAUGACAGCGCUUAUGUGGGCAGCUUGGAAAAUUUCUGCACUAGAUCCCGUCCGACUAUUGCUCACUCUUGGAGCCAAUCCAAGCCUCGCUGAUCAUACCCAUGGAAAUACAGCUUUGCAUUGGGGUAUUUUAGCUCGCAACGCCACCGCAGUCAGUACGCUUAUCUUGAAGGGAAAGUCAAGCCUGGAAAUUCCUAAUCUUCGCGGUGACACUCCGCUCACCAUGCUGCAACCGCAUCUAGGCUCUAUUUGGAUCGGUUCCAAAGUGUCGGAAAAAGUGCGAGAGCUAACGCAGCAAUCUCAGCGACGUAAUUUUAUUGUUCGCUUCACAUUGGAUAAGCGCUUCCGCUGGUGGAGCAUGAUAGCGACUCCGUUCCUAGUAUUCUAUCUGGCCGGUUUGAUCUUCUGCGCCGAGACUUUGAUUAUUAUCAAAGUAUUUCUACUUGGAUGUCUGUAUGCGGUCUCGCAUACGAUUGGCCAAACGCUGUUCGAUGAAACGUUGAUGGCGCUUCUUCCGCUCAGCGUGUACAUGGCCACCAAGCUUUGGUUCUACGUUACCUGGUUGACCUAUAUCGCACCGACCGUGUCCUUUCUGGCUUCGUUAUCGUUCCUGACCUGCAGCGCCGGGCUGUGGGUGUGCUUCUUGAAGUCGUGGAGAGGUGAUCCGGGUGUUAUCCAACCGACGCAGGAGCAGAGGUUCAGAACAAUUAUCGAACUUUCGGAGCGCGGUGGUGGUGGCUUCGAACCGUCCGCUUUUUGUUCCGCCUGCCUUGUUCGCCGUCCGGUCAGGUCGAAGCACUGUUCAGUAUGUGACCGGUGUGUAGCCCGUUUUGAUCAUCACUGUCCAUGGGUGGGAAAUUGUAUUGGCGCUAAAAAUCACAAAUACUUUAUGGGAUUCCUUUGGAUGCUGCUAAUUAUGUGCGCGUGGAUGCUAUAUGGUGGUGCGAACUUUUACGUUCAAGCUUGUAACGUAAAUAUGGACGAAGUUUUGUCAGGUUUGUGGAACGCCAUGGUGGCCAUUGGAUCAUGCAACCCAUGGGUUGGCUGGGUGACUGCCAACGCACUGCUUCAUAUGUCCUGGGUAACUGUGCUUACCAUUUGUCAAACCUAUCAAGUUGUUUGCCUUGGUAUGACAACGAAUGAACGAAUGAACCGAGGUCGAUACCGUCACUUUCAAGCAAAGGGAGGAAAAAGUCCGUUCACGCGUGGUCCAAUUCGAAAUCUGUUCGACUUUCUGGAGUGCAGCUGUUUCGGAUUGGUUCAACCGCUGCAGACAGACUGGAUGCAGUACUUUGAUUUUGAUAAGCAUGUGGAAUAUGAGCCAUUGCUUCGUCCAGAUAACUUUCAGUAUGUCUGAGUGUAGCAGCAACAGCAGCAGGAAGGAACGGUGUCACAGUCGGAAAACGAAGAAAGAACGAACAAACCAGCAAUCGUUGAGGUUGACGAGGCAGUUAGAACAGGAGCUGAAACGACAGGUGAUCGAAAGGAUGCUUCAGAACGGCCUGAAGAGCAAAUUAAUCUAACGGUAAGUGUUGUUGACGGAAUAGAUAUCGUUAUUGGGGAAUCGGAGGGAGCCUUAAAGUUCUAACGAUGGCUCUCGUUAGUCUAGAUGAGAUGGCAUUGAAAACACUUAUGCGAAAAAGUUGUUUGGCCUGUAAAGUUGUUAAUAGUUUGUAGUAAAGUUUUGGUUAAGAAUAAACCAGCCUGAGUGUAUCCAAUAAAUGUGCUUAAUAAGGACUGCAUAGAAAGCUAUGGUUUGAAAAAUAUGAAUAAAGACACAAAUUUAUAUUUCGUAUAAAUCACAAAAAUAUUAAAAACCGUUAAGCAAUAGGAAAAUAACUAAACCCUCUUAGAUAGCAUGUAAACAUUUCCAACAGCUAGCUUUCUAUAUUUAAAUAUUUCUCGAAGGUAAACAUUUACUUAGUAAAGCGGGCAAUGUAUGCAGUUUGCGAGGAUGCGAAAAUGAACGGGAAUAGAAGGUGUGACUUUUAGGCUUUACUUUACUUUACUUUUAGGCUUUACUUUACGAACUAAUUUCAUUUUUGUCAUAUGACUUACAUUUUAAGUUUUAGUAAAGCGGGCAAUGUAUGCAGUUUGCGAGGAUGCGAAAAUGAACGGGAAUAGAAGGUGUGACUUUUAGGCUUUACUUUACUUUACUUUUAGGCUUUACUUUACGAACUAAUUCCAUUUUUGUCAUAUGACUUACAUUUUAAGUUUUAGUAAAGCGGGCAAUGUAUGCAGUUUGCGAGGAUGCGAAAAUGAACGGGAAUAGAAGGUGUGACUUUUAGGCUUUACUUUACUUUACUUUUAGGCUUUACUUUACGAACUAAGGCUAAGUUUUAGUUAUCUCUGUUAUAAAAAAUAAACUCCCACCGGGCAGUGUGUGCAGUUCAUCGUUGGCGUGCUGAGAUACGGGAACACAAUAGUAGAGGGUGAUUCGACUUUGGUUUAGAACUAUUUAUACCUUCCCCAGUAGUUUAAUUGGCCAAAACACCUUGCCGGAGACAACGGAGAUUGCGGGUUCGAGUCCCGUCUGGACGAGGGAAAAUUUUUUCUAAGCCUAAAAGUCACACCUUCUAUUCCCGUUCAUUUUCGCAUCCUCGCAAACUGCAUACAUUCCCCGCUUAACUAAAACUUAAAAUGUAAGUCAUAUGACAAAAAUUAAAUUAGUUCGUAAAGUAAAUCUAGCCAACGGAGCUCUUCCGUGAUACGCGUUCGGAGUCUAGCCACCGACUGAGGUGUCCCAUCGCUUGCGCCGCUGUAGAUAUAAUAAGUCAUUAUACACUGUGUGCGUGAAGAGAUCACUCUCUCAGUUAUAAAAAAAAAAAAUAAA